AUGUACUCAGAUUUUUCAAUGAUACGAAGAUUCAUUUUUGUGCUGUUACUGCUCAUCGCACGACGUACGGCGAGUGCAAGUCUUGGAGGUGAUAUCAAGGUCAAUACGAACCUUUCACAGUACGGGUCUCCUUAUACGAUAAACCAAGACCUCGUAGUAGCAGAAAACGCAACCUUAACGAUACAACCGGGAGUAGAAUUGCAUUUCCACGCGGGAGUCGCCUUACAAGUCAAAGGACUACUGGAAGCUAAAGGAAACUCGCAGAGGAAAAUCGUUUUUAGGAAAAUUUCGUCCAACAAAACCGUGAACGUGGACGACUUGAACGUCACAUCACCGUACAAUGAUGGAAUCCGCCUGCGUGGUGGCAAAAAUUACCGCACUGGUCGUUUGGAAAUUUUCCUGAGAGGAAACUGGGGGACUGUUUGCCAUGAUUCGUUUGACAUUAAAGAUGCCCAGGUGAGUAAAUGAUCAGAGUUUAUUAUUUGGCCCAGGCUAUCCUUCUACGCUAUAUGCGGCGACAUCGUCCGGUCUAGCUUAUUCCAGGCGUUCAGAUACUGGGGACGGCAAAAAGGUACUAGAAGGAAAAAACAGUGAGGGGUGGGGUAGGGGUGAGAGCUAUUUAUCAUCUCCCUCUCUCCAGUCUAAUUUUUCUCCUCGCUCUCUGACUUUUCACUGCACUCCACUAUCUACAUCUCGUGAGCGCGGACCAUGUUCUGUCACGACUAAUUUUCUAAAGUACCAAACCUUUCUUAGUUAAAUUUCUGUGGUUAGAACCUCUUGCAGGCGAUGAACUGGAUAAGUUCGUUACAGCAGUGAUGUCGGUGGUUUUUCAAGCCCCUCACUAUGGGAGGAGAAUACGUGAACUCUCUCUCUGAUACCUCUGUUAAACAUUUACAAAAGUUUCCGAAAAAUCUGGAACGACUCUUUUCUUUAGGGUCUGGAAGGAUUUUCCAGAGAUGAACAAUACACAGUGCGGGAUUCGAGACUCCCGGGAUACGGGAUUUGACUGCUACCCGGGAAGCGAGAUUCGCCAAAAUUUGGGCACAGAUGCGGGAUUGGGGAAGAAAACAAUAUUCGGAACAGUGGCGGAUCCAGACCUUGAGAUAACUGGGAGGGGGGGGGGAGGGGGUCAUCCAGACCCUGAGAUAAGGGGGACCCCCGGUCUUAAAAAAAACUUUUCGGCUCCUCGGGCCUCAGGGAUUAUAGCGAUGACAGAAGUUCGAGGUGCUGGAUUCUUGUGAAAAAGGGGCGGGUCAGGAUCCCCUUUUCCAGACCUUAGUCAUUUAUUUUUUUCAAUGCAGGUUGCUUGUAGACAGCUCGGAUUUCUCGGUGCGAAGAGAUUCUACACACAUGGCGGAGGGACCGGACCCACAUGGUUGGAUGACGUGAAUUGUCGGGGAACUGAGAAGACUUUGUUGGAGUGUAAACAUCGGGGAAUUGGUGUUGAGAAUUGCGGUAAGGUUUUUAAGGAGCUCAAAUUUGAAAACUUUCGUGGCGCCUUUUCUCCAGACCUACCCUGGGUACCAGAGGUUUUUUCUCGCGUGCGACGGGGAGCUUCGUUUCGUCUGCUGCAGGCCGACACGUGUUUGGCCGAAGGCCGAAGAAACCCGCGCAUGAAAAGCCUCUGGCACCCAGGGUACUCCAGACCUGACUGACGACCAAGACUGGGUUGCGCACAGCAAGACAUGUGUGGGUCAAAAUAGUUUCAACUUUCGCCUGGGACACUCUAAGUGACAACAAGAUCUGCAGUUUUUUGUUCCCCCAAAAUUGAGAAAAGAUCCUCUCUCCUCUGAAAUGGGAGUUCCUCUUUUAAGAUACCACUGUUAUUAGUACAUUACAGUUAACUGCCGAAUUAUAAGCCUGGGCUUAUACAUCCUUCUAAGAGAUUUUAGAAGGGCUUAUAAAAGGAGAGCCUUUAUAUCCGAGGGGUCUUAUAACUGGAAUAGAAAAGGCACUUCGAAACAAGCUACAGCCACAGUGCUGAUCCAAUAUUUAAUACUUUUAGCAUUUACUGGUGUUUUGAGCUAUAAAAUCGUCAGUGGAGGGAGCUUAUUGCCAGGGGAGACUUAUGAUCGGAUAUAUUUUGUUGUUAACAGGUAAACGGGCCUACAAGUGGGGGGCGCGGGGGGGUGGGGGAGGUUUAUAUGCGGCAGCUUACAGUAUGACGUUUUCGUCGGGCGCGCGAAUGCUUUCGCUUGCGAAAGCGCUAUGUUGAAACCGGGUGAUGGGCUCCUGUUGAAACUCAAAAGAGAGGUGGAAAUGGGGCGAGUCAAGGCAGCGUGGGAGGGGGCGGGGAGAGCUUUGUUUGCCAGUGUACGGAGUUUUCCAAAAGAACAAAGAUAUCGGGCAGGUGUAUUUUUUCUCCUCUUCCCUCCCACCUUUCCCUCUUUCACCUUUCCACCUACCCUAAGGGUUGCAAUUAAUUUCUACUCUCCCCAAUCUUCCUCUGGCAUAAAAUCAAAGAUGGCGGCUACAACAAUACUAACUUAUACAAGCAGCU